UGAAGAAGUUUUAAUGGAAUGGUAUCAAAUAAAUCCAACACAUGGUUUCAUGUGUUUGAUGCCAUUCCAUUUGCUCCAUUACAAAUAUUAUUAUGAGCAGUCCUCCCCUCAGCAGCCUAGUCCACAUUUUUGUUUUAUAACUAAACCAUUAUGUCUGUGGUACUGUAUCUGGACAAGCCUGAGAUGCGUUUUGUUCGCUUGAGCGUUUGCUAUGUUGCGGAACGGUUUGUACUGAACGACACGUUUACCCAAAACGUUCUUGAACCGACUGAGGUACGUUUGCUCCCGUUUGGUGGGUGUGGCUUGAAGUAAUGAGUGUAUUUAAAUGGCAGUGAUACUGUUGACAGCGUUUUCCAACCAAAUACUUACAGUAUGACAACCCGUCCCUGUUCUUCAACUGGUCAUUCUCAGUACAGCAACGUUUCCGUUCAAUUGAGUGUUCCAGAAAGUAAAUGCCUACUGAAGGCAGCCCUGCCGUUUAAUUUGUUUAAGUGACAACUGGAAAAGCCAAUAAAAUGAACACGCGGCAUCUCCUAUUGUCCAAUCACCUUAUUGGGAAAGGGAAUAUAUGUACCAUUGGCUAUAGGAACGACCUGGAUGUAAAAUUAGUACGAAGUGCAUUCGGGGGGAAAUGGUUUUAAUGACUAUGAGAAAAACCCAUAAGAGCAUUCAGCCGUGUUGAUGUUCUCUGGAAGGAACUGAUUUUUUUUUUUUUUAACUAACUAUUUUGCAUAGUGGAAUGCAAACAAAACUGUCAAGUUUACAUUUGUAUCUCCCGCAAUUAAAAUGAGCACUCGAGAAUUUCGAUUUGCUGAAGUUUUCUCGUAUGAAAGAUUGGUGCAUGCAAUGGCAGGAGCAGUGGUAAGGAGUGUGACCGUUUUCUUCCCACUUGACACUGCAAGACUACGGCUGCAAGUGGAUGAGAAGAGGAAAGCCAGGUCCACUCCUGCCAUUCUGUCAGAAAUUGUCAAGGAAGAGGGGUUGCUGGCGCCCUACAGUGGCUGGCUCCCAGUGAUCUGCAGUCUCUGCUGCUCCAACUUCAUCUACUUCUACUGCUUCCACAGCCUGAGAGCCAGCUGGCUCCGGGGACACAAGUCAACUCCAAGCAGAGACCUGCUAAUGGGCACCGCUGCAGGUGUAGUGAACGUGCUUAUGACCACUCCGCUGUGGGUGGUCAACACACGGCUCAAGCUUCAGGGGGCAAAGUUCCGCAAUGCAGACCUCCGUCCCACUAACUACUCAGGCGUCAUGGAUGCCUUGGUGCAGAUCAUUGAGGAGGAAGGGGUGGGGGCCCUGUGGAACGGGACAUUCCCCUCGCUCCUGCUGGUGCUCAACCCGGCUGUCGAGUUCACGAUCUAUGAGGGCUUGAAGAGGCAGAUGAGAAGCUUGGUUCACAGAGAGCUGUUGUCUCUUGAGGUCUUUCUGAUUGGUGCCAAAGCAGUGGCCACCACAGUCACAUACCCAUUACAGACUGUACAGUCCAUCCUGAGGUUUGGUCAACACACGCAGCACACAGGCGGAUCGCCACUUGUCAACAGCCUGAGAAGUGUGAUGCACCUGCUGAUCAAUAGAGUGAGGAAGUAUGGCAUGCUGGGCCUGUUCAAAGGCCUGGAAGCUAAACUCCUACAGACUGUCCUGACCGCUGCCCUCGUGUUCCUGCUCUACGAAAAGAUUGCCAGCAGCACUUUCAGGGUCAUGGGAGUGAAGAGGCCUGCGUCCAGCCACUAGUCUGUCUGUUACAUCAGACAUCCGAUCCCAUAUGGCUCCCUAUCUAUCCCCCCCGUAGCCCUAACCCCUCAAUGUUGGCAUGUCUAAAGGGUCUGGAUAGGUAUAAGCAUUGUAGCUAGGGGUACAUCUUUCACCGUAUUGCAAGUGUCAUAUAUGCACGUGUCAAAGGGUUAGGGCCAAAGGGGGGGGGGGGGGGGGAUCGAACUGAGACUGUACCAGAGAUAUUAGAAAAAGGAUGAGAUAGCAGUCCCAUUGGGCAAUGAAUGGGGGAAAUGUAUAACGCUUCACCCAGAAGACUGUCGACCAAUCACUUGGUCCACGCGGUGCAUUCUGGGCAACUCUGGGACAAGAAGAGCUCUCCUUCAAACAGUGAAUGGGAGUCAAUUGGGCGCUAGCUCAAAAUCCCCAAAUUAGCAUCAAUAACCCAAAACCUUUUCCUAACCGUAAUUCUCCUAAUCUGCUGCGUAAAUUCUCCUAACCUGCUACGAAAAGCCAAAUCUGACGUUCAUUUGACAAAAGCUGUAUCCCUUCUAGCCAUGACCGGGCUCUCCUUGUCCCAGGUUUUUUGUCUAUUUAUUUUUAUGUAACUGCCAAUUUUGUGGAAGUAGACACCACUUGUUCCUCAGACUCAUGUGGAUUUCACCAUUUUGUACUUUCUAUGUUCUUCUAAGAUUAGCUGCUUAACUAAAUCCACAAAUUAUUUAGUGAUGCAUUGUUGCUCUAGUCAAAUCACUGAGACAUUUUUUCAUUGUGUCAUUAACUAUCUCUCUGACAAACGUAUAGAAUAAUUAAGGGAUGUAAUUAAAUGCAUUUUUGUACAGCACAAUGUCAUGGAUGGAUAAUUCACCAACAUUUCCGAUUCUCAGAAAGGUAGAAAUAAAGUGUUGCUUCUCAAAUAAGUACAUUUUAGCUUUUUUUGACCAUAUGCAUUCACUGUCAUUUUCAGAUUAUCUUUUUAAAAAUCUGUUUUUCCUCUGAUUUGCGUACUUCCUUUUACUGAUGUGGAGCGUUUUUUUUUUUUUACAGUAAUAUAAUUCUGGACCAGUAGAUGGGGUCACAGCCCCACAUAAUAAUAAAGGUUUAAAAUGUAGCGUUUACUACGGUGCUAUAUGUUUAAUCAAAUUAUUGGUAUGUAUUCCGUUUAACUAUAAAAUGUUAGAGUUAACAAAGCAUAUUUUUAUCCACAUGUAUGCUAUUUUAAUCUGUUUCACGUCAUACGUUUGCGUCGGCCGGAAAUUGAAUUUCCAUCGCCUCUUGUUUUUGUUCCCAGUUAGAUUCUGUUCAGCAGCUGGGUUAGGUAGGCUUUUUGUGUUCGAAAUUUACGAGAUAUUUGGUUAGUUUGAACAACUUUAAUAUCAAUUCAAACGGUGUUUGGACAAUAACGCAGAGCCAUGUCUAAACGCGCUUCUUUUCACACACAACUGUCCUCCAUCAUGGAAAUACUGUCUAGAACCGCAAUGGCUCAUGUGUGCAAACUGGUUGACGACGAAUACGCGGGAAUUUCUUUAGAAAAUGAGGCUCUCAUUGAUAAAUUGCAUAAUCUGGAAAGUGAACUGACAAUUGUGAAAAGCACAGCUCCCAAGCUGGCUGGAAACUAUCGCUCUGUUGGUGUUCAAACUGGUGAAACUAUCACCAGAAUAGACAGAGGGCUAAACGGGUCCCCCACCAUCGAAGGAAUAUUUGGGAAGGAAUGGUGCCUUGAUCUAUGGAACCAUGGGGAUCCCUACAGCACAGAGAACAGUCCGCAACACAUUGCCAAAUCAACAGAGGUGCCUUCAGGCCAAGCUGACGUUAAAGAGGAGGAUUUUGAGGUGGAAAUCAUAAACAACAGAGACCAACAGGAAAGACCAACAAUAAUUUUAGACGGAGAUGACGACUUAUUGGACAAUGGAAGAGAAGGGCCCUCCAAUGAGUAUCCAUCCUUUGAUUCCUUCCGCCAGGACAGGCCAGGGAGACGGGAUAAACAGGUACGGGAGAUGUCAACUACGGAUGUCUCCACAGGACACACUUUACGUUUCAUAUCCAUCGACGGAGUGGAGGAGGAAUAUGGCGAACAUGUAUUUCCCAUUGAGGACGAUGAGACGAACGAGUUCCUACCAGACGAUACCGAGCUGUUGCCCAACGAAGGACAAGAUGAACACAUCACAAAGCCAACGUAUGCAAAGAAGUCUUUAGCAAAGUCAAAAAGCAAAGCUGGAAAGACUGCUGGGAAGACUAAGACUUUCAGUUACUUUAAUAGGUUUAACUUGCACUCCCAUAGUAAAUCCGACACAAACAAGUUAAGUUGUGUGAUUUGUAAGAAGACUUUCUUGCGGCAGAACCAUCUGACGAUGCAUAUGAAAUCUCACAAGUCACUGUACUGCAGUGUGUGUAAGAACUGUUAUCCUGGGAAAACUCAGCUCAAAAAACACAAGUGUGUUGCUCCCGAUUAUCUGGCCUCGAACAGCUCGAAGUACUUUUGCCAUUACUGCGGCAAGUCUUUCAGCUGUCCGUCAAGCCUGAGGAUACACCACCUGGUGCACACGGGAGAGAGACCCCACACGUGCACUGUUUGCGGGAGAGGAUUCACACAGAAGGGCAAUCUGAAGUGUCACAUGCGCCUUCACACUGGUGAGAAACCGUACAAAUGCCUCACAUGCGAAAUUGGUUUCACCCAGAAAGUAUACCUCACUCAGCACUUGGCCAAAGCUCACGGUCAAAAGGAAGAUAAUAAGAAAAAGAAGCAAGUGCACAAAUGUUCUAAGUGUCAGUUGUCUUUCGUCAAUCAGCAACUGCUCCAAACACACAUGACUGUUCAUAAAAAUAAAUGAAGUAUUUUUGGUUGAUUGCAAUACUCUUGACUUAAAGGGGCAAGCUGCAAGUUGCUACAUCUAUUUUGGGACUUAGAAAUUAUGUACUCAUUUAUUGCUGAAGAAUAUAACUUAAUGCCUCAUGAGCUUAGUUGAACUGUUGUACCCCAUCAGAACCCAACAUAAACAAAGUAAAUAAACACAUUUGUUAUUUAGCAGACGCUCUUAUCCAGAAAGACUUACAGGAGCAAUUAGGGUUAAGUGCCUUGAUCAAGGGCACAUCGACAGAUUUCUCACCUUGUCAGCUCUGGCAUUUGAUCCAGUGACCUUUCGUUUACUAGGGCAACACUCUUAACGACUAGGCUGACACCCUAAAUAGCCUCAAAACAUGGAUAAAACUAUCAUUUUGAUGGUCAGUCCUUGCAUCGAUAGCUCUAUGAAUUUGAGUUGUUAGCCUACAUUGCUCCAGUCCCAGCCCUCAGCUUUUUACCGAAAAGGGUGGGGAGGCCUCUUAUCUGAACCGCUGAUUGCCCCUUUAAAGGAUUGUGUGCCUGCUCUGCUCAAACUGGAGAACCAAAUACUGUCUAGUGUAUGUCAUACUCCACAAUAUUGGAGCGACCUUAACGUCACCUAGCGACCUUGUUAAGGGGUUUGGAUCUGGACGCUGGACCUGGGAGUCCAUCGGGAGACCCCCUCCCCCCAAAUACACUACAGUAUGUUGUAGGCUUGUCUGAAUUCGCUACAACACUAACAUGUUAUGAUUUACCUACAAUAAAAGUAAAUUGAAGUUUUAUUUUGCAAAGAACGUGGCGCAUGAGUAUUGCACAAUUCAUAAGUACUGUAAUGUUUACCUACCACUAGCCUGUUCUAUAUUUUAGGCUCAAGGAAUUAACCUGCCAAUGUUUGAUGCAAGCUGGCACUGUAUCUGCAUUGUCCUCUAUACGUUGGUACAAAUGACAUAAGAUAUCAUUAAAUGGAUGUUUUCAAGUUCUGUUCCCAGCAGUGCAUUUUAUACUUGUUUUGUACAUAAUGCUUCCAUGAUUGUGUCAGUUGUUUUCCUGGAAUAUAUUCAUCUACUGUAAACUUAGUUUGCUUUCAUAAUUAAAACACCAUUAAUGGUAUACCAUUUCAAUCAUUUAAUCAUUGCCAUGUUUACAUUUUUAUAACAUAUGGAAUACAAAUGUAAUGUGAGUACAAAUAAGUAAAUGUAUUACUGUACCCAUUUAAUUCAUUACAGAUAAUUAUUUGGCACAUGUUUACAUGACCGGUCUACUACACUGGCAUUCUUCACAGUAGCACAAACAACUGGUAUCUGGACCACCACUGUUUAACACAAACAGUACAUGUCUUUAGAGAUAUUUCAAAAAUGUCUAUUCAUCUAACAGUGGGGCAUCUAUAGUCUCUUGCCAAUUGUGGGACAACAAGGCAGUGUUUGUGUGCAAUCCUACAGACAGAGCAGAGUGAACUUGAAUGGAACAGUUCUCUGCCAUGUAGUGAAGAGUAACAGCUUGAUCAUGUUCAUUAGGGCACACAGUAGCGCAAAAAUGUUAACUUUUAAAAAAAAAAAUCUACCUACCGAAAACCACCAUGAUUACAAUACAGUUAAAGAUGUUGCAGUUGCCAGUUUUCAAAACAAGGUUGAAAUGUAAAUUAAAAAUCUAAUUAAUU